AACACACGCAUGCCUCGUUCCAAUAUGAGAAUUAAUAGAUCGAUCUGUUAUCUGCAGUUCUUAAUUUCUGCCUUCUGCAUGGAGGGGGAACUGACACCACUGCCUUCUGAUAUUAAACAUAUCUGAUGGGGAUGGGCAGGUCACGUGAUGCUGUCAUGGCUAUAGGGAGUCAGUUACUGGAUAGCAGCUGCACACCGGCGCUGGCGCAAUGGGCUAGACUGUCUGCGUCUAGCGGAACAUUCCAGUGCACACGGAGCAUCACUGAGCUUCAAGAUGCCAAAGAAAAGCGACAAUACCAGGAAAUUAGAGGAUGUUGGUAUAGAGAUUGAUGGAGAUCCUGACAGUGCAGAUGAGGUCAAGAAUACCAAAAGCAAAGGUGGAGGGAAAAAACCCACAGGCAAACGGGGCAAAGCAGAUGACAGUGAGGAUGGCGAGGACGAGGAUGAAGAUGACAAACCGCAGAAAGCUCGCAGAGCCAACAGGAGAAAAGCGGCCCAGCAGCAGCCGGAGGAGGAAGACAGCGAUGAUGAAAUUCCGCAGCGGAGGGCCGCUGGAAACCGGAGGAGAGGCAAGCCUGGAGCGAACGGGGGUGAGAACGGGGAGAACAAGAGAAACAAGAGAGGCGGCAAGAAACAGAAGGAGGGCAAGGGCAAAGGCGGUGGGAAGAAGAAGAGCAGUAGUGAGGACUCAAAGUCAGAGGGGGGGGACGAGGAGGAGGAGUCCAUGUCAGAGGGGGAGAGGGCCCGGCUAAUGGAAGAGGUGGAGGAGAAGAAGAAGCUGAUCGCAAACAUUAGGAACAAGCCCUGGCGGAUGAAGAGGAGGCUCAAACAUCUCAAGGAAGCACAGUUGUUUGUGGAUAAGUUUGAGGGGGCUCUGGGUAAAGGAAAGGGCAGGAAACUCUAUGCCUACAAAGUAAUGAUGAUGAAGAAAUGGAUCAAAUUUCAAAGAGAUUUUGACAAUUUCAAGACUGCCUGCAUUCCAUGGGAGCGGAAAAUAAAAGAGGUGGAGAGUCACUUUGGCUCUUCGGUUGCCUCUUACUUUAUUUUCCUCCGGUGGAUGUAUGGCAUGAAUCUAGUACUCUUCAGUUUGACCUUUGGGCUGGUCGUAAUCCCAGAGGUUCUAAUGGGCCUACCCUAUGGGUCCAUUGCUCGAAAAACAGUUCCACGGGAAGAACAAGACUCGGCUAUGGAUUACUCCGUGCUUACAGACUUUAAUGGGUACUGCAAGUAUUCGGUGUUAUUCUAUGGCUACUAUAAUAACCAGAGAACAAUUGGCUUCCUGAAGUUCCGUCUCCCUCUGUCCUACCUGAUGGUGGGCAUUGGGACCUUCGGGUAUAGCCUGAUGGUUGUGAUCCGAACGAUGGCUAAAAACGCAGACGUGGGGGGCGGGGACGGCGAGGACAGUGAGUUCACCUUCGCCUGGAAGAUGUUCACCAGCUGGGACUAUCUCAUUGGCAACGCAGAGACGGCCGACAACAAGUAUGCCUCCAUCACCACCAGUUUCAAGGAAUCAAUAGUGGACGAACAGGAGAACCAAAAAGACGAGAACAUUCACCUGAGGAGGUUCCUGCGUGUUCUGGCCAACUUCCUCAUCACCUGCACCCUGGGAGGCAGCGGCUAUCUCAUCUACUUUGUGGUCAAACGUUCUCAAGAAUUCCAGAAUAUGGAUGAUCUAGGAUGGUACGAGAAAAAUGAGUUGGAGAUUAUCAUGUCUCUGCUGGGACUGGUGGGCCCCAUGCUGUUUGAAACCAUUGCAGAGCUGGAGGAAUAUCACCCCCGUAUCGCCCUCAAGUGGCAGCUCGGACGCAUUUUUGCCCUUUUCUUGGGUAACCUCUACACUUUCCUGCUGGCUCUAUUCGAUGAGGUUAAUGCAAAGCUGGAGGAAGAACAGGAAAUAAAGAAUGCCAGCAUCUGGUUCACGAAGGAGUACUACGCCAACUACACUUUAAAUAACCCCAACGAUACUGGCACACCACCCCCCAUGGACCCUGCUGACGUCAUCCGUGGUCCAUGCUGGGAGACAACAGUGGGGAUAGAAUUUGUGAAGCUGACUGUCUCAGAUAUCCAGGUGACCUACCUGACUAUACUCAUCGGAGACUUCCUAAGAGCUAUGAUUGUACGCUUCCUCAACUACUGCUGGUGCUGGGACCUGGAAGCAGGCUGGCCUUCCUAUGGUGAGUUCGACAUCAGCGGCAAUGUCCUCGGAUUAGUCUUCAAUCAAGGGAUGAUCUGGAUGGGAGCGUUUUACGCCCCUGGACUCGUGGGCAUCAAUGUUCUUCGUCUUCUGACCUCCAUGUACUACCAGUGCUGGGCUGUCAUGGCCUGCAAUGUACCUCACGAGAGAGUCUUCAAAGCCUCCAAAUCCAACAACUUCUACAUGGGCCUCCUUCUCCUCAUCCUCUUCCUUAGUCUGCUGCCUGUGGUCUAUACGAUCAUGUCACUACCCCCAUCAUUCGACUGUGGGCCCUUUAGUGGCAAGGAGAGAAUGUUUGAUGUGAUUAUAGAGACCAUAGAGCUGGAUCUACCUUCAUUUUUGGGGACGCUGUUCACCUAUGCAGCAAACCCGGGCCUCAUUAUCCCAGCUAUUCUACUGAUGGUUCUGGCUAUUUACUACCUGAACUCAGUGUCUCAGGCCUAUCAAAAUGCAAACUUGGAGCUGAAAAAGAAAAUGCAGAUGGCGAGAGACGAGGAGAAGAACAGGCGAAAUAACAAAGACAGCACUAAUCAAGUGAUGAAAGAUCUGGAGGACUUAUUACCCAACCGCUCCAAUUUGCCCCCAGCCGAGGAGGCGAAAGACAAACAUGAGGAAAAGAAAGCUAAAGUGAAGCCUGGAGCAGCUGGUAACGGUGUGAACCUGCAGAAGGACGUGUCACUAGCAUCGGCUAAUCCUAAUGCCCGAGGACCUGUGACUCAGGCUCCAGGACCCAGGGCACCAGGACCUGGGGCCGGCCGUGGCAGAGGACAGGGGCCACCACCAAGACGCUAGUACUCUACCUGGCUGAUGAUGCAGUAUAAUGCUUCCUGUCUGUACUCUAAAGUAAUUUAGUUUAAUUGGGCUUCCAGAGAGUGACACAAAUAAUCAUGUUAUAAGCAGAUAAAUCAUCUCAUCUCAUAUUAUGAUUGCAUUAAUUAAGGUUGUAGUAUGGUAUAGUAUAAUAUACUAUAUGUAUGGUUUUUAAAAGCAUAAUAAACGCCUGCAACAAUUUACCCAGCUGUGGAAUGAAGAGCAACUUAUAAAUCAAAACUGCAGUACUUUCAAAUAAUAUCAUUAUUUCAUGUAUAUCACUACAAUACAGUAAUCACUAUGUCCAAUUUCUUUGUAAUAAACUGAUUCUG